AUGAGAACAGUUUUGUUGGGCCUACCGGAUGAUGAAGAUGAUAUCGAGACGAAUGUUAUAGCAGCGGCUACACUUUUGGAGACUCGGAGUAGGCGAGGAAUAUAUCAACCCUUCCCGAAAGAAGUCAAGACCCGUCAGAAAGUGUACAGAAAACGGGUAGAUGCGGAUGCUCGUAUGAUGCAUCAAUACUUCAACUUCAACUGUAUGUAUGGACCAAAGAAGUUCAAAGGUCGGUUUGCUUUGCCUCGUCCACUUUUUUUGAGAAUUUUAGAGAAAGUUUGUGAUUAUGACCAUGAUUUUCUCCAAAAAACGGAUGCUUGCGGUAUUCUUGGUCAUAGUUCAUAUAUGAAAAUGGUUGCCGUCAUGAAACAUUUUGCCAAAGGCAUUGCACCGGAUUCCUUAGAUGAUUACACACAAAUGGGAGCCAGCACUAUCUACCAUUAUGCUCUGAAGUUUAUGGAUGCAAUUAUUUGGAUUUUUAAUGGUCGAUACAUGCGUCAACCUACCGCUGAAGAUACGAAAAGAAUUUUAGCAGAAAAUGAAGCUCGGGGAUUUCCUGGUAUGCUUGGUAGUGUCGAUUGUUUUCACUGGGCAUGGAGAGCAUAUCCAAUGGAUCAAGCAGGUUCCCACAGCGGCUAUAAGCCAUAUCCCUCGGUUGUUUUGCAAGCGGUAGCAACAUAUGAUAGAUGGAUAUGGCAUUCCUAUUUUGGGUUGGGUGGGCAGAACAAUGAUCUUAAUGUCUUGCAUGCUUCUGGUUUGUUCGAUAGACAGCUUAAUGGUGCAUCACCCACUUGUCAUUAUCAAAUCAAUAACAAGAAUUACGAGCAGGGAUACUACCUAGGAGAUGGUGCGUAUCCCAUGUAUGGUUGCAUCGUGCAAGCAUACAAACCCGUUUCAAACAAUAGGGAAUCUCUUUUCAAUCAUUACCAAGAAGCUAAAAGGAAGGACAUAAAACGUGCAUUUGGUGGUCUUAAAGGUAAGUUUGGAAUUAUAUUGAAACCUUGUCGUUAUUACAAAAAAUCUGACAUGAAGGCAAUUAUGAGGGGGUGCUUGAUAAUGCACAACAUGUGUGUUGAGCUGGAAUAUCGGAAUAAGGAUUGGGGGAGGAUCACGGGAGAUGAACCUCAACCGCCAAUUCAAGGAAAUGUAAGGCUAGCUCCUCAUGUAUUGUACAACCCAGCGGUUUGGGGACAACUUCGAUUGGAACUCACUACACACAUAUGGAACCGACAUGGAGAAGGUUUGAGAGAUGGUGAUAUUCCGAACAUGGUUAUGGAUGAUGCCUUGCCGGAAGUUGCUGAGGGUACGACCGACUUGGAUACGGAUGAAGACCAAUACGAAUCUCAAUCAGAUGGUGCAUUUUAUGAGAAUGAAGAGUAG